AUGGAUUCCUUUAGUGGAUAUCUCCUCGUCUACGUUCUUGGUGGAGUCACCUUUAUUCCGCUCGUGCUGAGCCUCGUCGCCCUUCAUGCUUAUCUGACCCUGCCACGAUCGCUAAACCAUGCCCAAAAGGCUGAGGAUAUAAAGGUUGAUGUCCUCCGGCGUCCGACAGAUGACCAGUUUAGCUUAAAAUCUGGUACCGAUGUGCUAGCAGAAAAGUUCCAACGAGCCCACGAGUCUGAUGUGGCAGCGGGAUACUUUGCGGUUUGCCGGGAAUAUGUGCCAGGCGGGGUCAAUGGCAGACCCCCCGAGAGGACCACGCCUGUCGGCGAUGUAGUGGCCGCGGAAAGCCCAAGCGUUUACCAAAGCAUGUACCGGAGUAUCUUCGAUCGAAAACAAGCUUCAACCAUUGAUCCAUCCAAAGGAAAUGGGAGAAACACCAGGAAGGCCAGGAACGUAUUUUUUGUGGUUCUUAGACAUGGCCAUUUAAUGCUCUACGACGAUGCAGAGCAAAUAGAAGUUCGCUAUGUCAUCUCAUUAGCACAUCACGACGUCAGCAUCUACGGAGGGGGGGAGCUGAUACCUGAAGGGGAGCUCUGGAUUAAGCGGAACGCUAUUUGUUUGACGAGGAAACCUGGAUCAAUCUCCAAUGCGCUAGAAUCGCGAUCCUCUACAUUGCCAUUCUACCUCUUCUCAGAAAACCUUUCCGAAAAGGAAGAUUUUUAUUUUGCAAUUAUGAACAACCUUGAGAAGAUUCCAGAAUCCCCGGAUUGCCCUCCAACACCUCAGCAUUACGACGUGAAACAUAUCAUCACCCUUGUAAAGCACAUACAUUCAUCCGAGGAACAGCUUCAGACACGAUGGAUCAAUGCGCUGAUGGGCAGACUUUUUCUAGCAAUGUAUAAAACCCCUGUCCUUGAAGACUUCAUGCGGAAGAAGAUAACAAAGAAGAUAUCCCGAGUGAAAAAGCCCAACUUUAUCACUAAGAUUUCUCUCCAGAAGAUCGAUGCUGGGGAAGGGGCACCACUCAUUACCAAUCCUAGGCUCAGGGAUCUUACGGUUGAUGGUGACUGCUGUGUCGAGAUGGAUAUCAACUACAGCGGAAAUUUUCGCCUGGAGGUGGCGGCCACCGCCCGCAUAGAGCUUGGCACACGUUUCAAACCUAGAGAAGUCGACUUGGUUCUGGCAGUUGUGUUAAAAGGCCUGAAAGGCCGCGGGCUGUUGCGAUUUAAACCUCCGCCCAGCAACCGGCUCUGGCUUUCAUUUGAAAGCAUGCCACAUAUGGUAAUGGCAAUAGAGCCAAUAGUCAGCUCCAGGCAAAUUACAUAUGGCGUGAUCCUUCGAGCUAUUGAAAGCAGGAUAAGGGAAGUAGUUGCGGAAACGUUGGUUCAACCUUUCUGGGAUGACAUUCCAUUUUUGGACACGGAGCACGAAACUUACCGUGGCGGUAUUUGGCAUCACCCCCCAAAGCUCCAGCCGAAAACUGUGAUUCCAGAUGAAACGGAAGAGCAUCAAGAAAUCCCCGAACAGCUGGUGUCUCCACUCCACUUUGACGGGCCUAGCAGCAAGAAUGAUGCUAUGCCAGAGUCACCCUCCCCGACCUUAAUCGGCAGAAGAGGUUCAAAAUCUAUACCUUCCCACCUAGGAGACAUAAGCUACUCAACCUCCACCAGCGUGGAAAGGCCAAAUCGCUUAGACCCUCCUCGAGCUAUCCGGUCGCAAACAUUCUCUCCUGUCGCGAACCCUGUCGUUACCGCAGAUACCGCAAAUGUUGACCACACGGCUUGGGAUUCGAAAUUGGAAGAACGUGAUGCAACAGCCACCAUGAUCGAGAUUUCUAACCGUUCCCAACAGGGCUCCCCAUCCAGAACUCCUGUUGGCUCUCCUCCAAAGGAAGCGUCAAUAUUGCACAAAACGCCAGCGCAUAAAGACACCAUUCCAGCUGAUGAGGCAAAGAAUGCCCAUGCUCCCCCUCGUACUCCUUCGAUUCGCGAUGGAUCAUCACCGACCAUGCAAUCUAAACCCGAUAGUCGACGGAGCUCCAAUUUGUCCUUAAGAAGUGAGACGGCGAUCCUGAGCAAAGCCCCUGGCUCUCCGCUUCCAGCAGAUACACCGAAUCCUAAAGGUCCCGAAAAACAAACUCUCGGACAUAUAGGUCCCAUCGGAUCAGCUGCUGCCGCUGCGCGAAAAUGGGGAUUGAAUGUCCUUGGUCGGGGUGGAGAAUCAUCUACUAAGAGAGACAACAAACUAACAAUACCAGUCCACCCAAUUGGACGAGGACGCCCGCUCCCACCACCAGGCACUCCCCUUCCGCCUCCCGAUAAGUUUGGAUUCAUGUCGAAUACAAUGCCCAAACCGAUACGCAAACCCUUGCCUCCACCUCUACUACCGGCUCGACCGCCGAAGGAUCGUCAACCUGCCCACAAACCCCCCCUUCCGGCCCGCCCCAGCCCGUCGAUUAAGGGGAAUCAAGAACAUACGUCGGACGAGCUUCUAAUAAUCGAGGCACCCCUCGGUUCAGAACCGUCAACUCCGAUCACAGAUAUGUCACCGGUCAAGUCAGAGGCGGUAAACUCCAACGAUAUUGGACAUAAUUCCGUUUCAACAGAACAUGGAGAUUCUGACUCGAACAGAGAGGUACUUGUUCCGGAUAAUAACUCGGACAGUAGUUCACAACUACCAGAAGUUGUUCUCCAGCAGGCUUCAGCUGUAUCCGCAGAGGAGAAUACAGAUUCAGACGCCGUUCCGGAAUCGACUCCCCCCGAACACACUCGAGAUAAUUCUCUUCUCAUGCAAUCGUAG